AUGGAGAAUUUAAAAACAGCAGAGGACGAUAUUCACUUUAAAAGCAUGAAACUGUACUUCAAUCCCAACCGCAUUUACAAACAACUAGAAAAUGCUGGAUUUACUGGUAGUAAGCUAACCGUGGAGCAAGUCUCAAAGUUCGAUAAUUAUCACUACUAUGGUACUAAAGCUGUUGACGAUUGCAUCGAAAAAUUACAGAUAAAUAAAACCUUUCAAGUACUUGAUUUUGGCUCAGGAAUUGGUGGUCCAGCUCGUCACCUUGCAAGCAAAAGUCGUUGCCGUGUUAAGGCAGUCGAAAUUCAAGAGGACUUGAAUAAAAUUGCAGCAGAUCUUACCAAUCGCUGUGGCCUAUCCGAUCGAAUUGAUCAUGUUAGGCAAGAUAUUUACAAACUGGACACAGAUUCGAACUACUUCGAUUGUGCUGUUAGCUGGCUGGCAGUUAAUCAUAUAGAAGAUAAAGCUGGCCUAUUCGAAAAACUGUUUACUAUGCUAAAGAAGGGUGGGAAAAUCUAUAUAGAAGACUUUUAUCAAAAGGGUCCCGUUACCGAAAAUGAAAGAGAAAUAUUAUUCAUUGACGAUCUUCCUACUAUAGAGGAAUAUCGUAAAUAUCUAGUUGAUGCUGGAUUUAUUAAUAUUGAGAUUCUAAAUGUUACCUCAAGCUGGAUUAAAUUCGUUACAAAUCGUGCAGAAGUUUUUGCUAAUGAGCGUGCACAAAACUGUGCAUCCUUUGGAGAAGAAACUGUAAAUUCUUUGCAAGAUUUCUACGAUGGCAUGAAGAGCCUAUAUGAUACGAAUACAAUUGGUGGAGUUCAAAUUUAUGCGCAGAGUCCAAACAAUUAA